AUGGAAGACAGCCUGCCUGGUCUCGCUUCAGUAUGUGCUUCCUCUACACUUUCAAACUUCUGCACUGAUGAUAGCAUUUCUGCUGCAAGUACUUCUGAUGUUCAGGAUCGCCUCUCGGCCCUUGAGUUACGAGUUCAACAGCAAGAAGAUGAAAUCACAGUGCUAAAGGCAGCUUUGGCUGAUGUUUUGAGGCGUCUUGCAAUCUCUGAAGAUCAUGUAGCCUCGGUGAAAAAAUCAGUCCCAAGUAAAGGCCAGCCAGGCCUUCGAGAAGCUAUUUCUAUGUCCUGUAUAACCAACGGGAGUGGUACCAACAGAAAACCAAGUCACACCAGCUCUGUCUCAAUCGCAAGAAAAGAAACUCUUUCAUCUGCUGCUAAAAGUGGUACAGAAAAAAAGAAAGAAAAACCACAAGGACACAGAGAAAAAAAAGAGGACUCUCACUCUAAUGAUCAAAGUCCACAAAUUCGAGCAUCACCUUCUCCCCAGCCCUCUUCACAGCCUCUCCAAAUACACAGGCAAACUCAAGAAAGCAAGAAUUCUACUCCCACCAAAAGCAUAAAACGACCACCGACAGCUGAAAAGUCACAUAAUUCAUGGGAAAAUUCAGACGAUAGCCGUAAUAAAUUAUUGAGGGCAGUUUCAACAUCAAAAUUAAUAUCAAAAGUUAUAAAAAAUACAGACAAGCAUAAAGAUGUCAUCAUCAACCAAGCAAAAAUGUCAACCCGUGAAAAAAACAGCCAAGAAGGAGAAUACAUUAAAAUGUUUAUGCGAGGUCGACCAAUUACAAUGUUCAUUCCUUCUGAUGUUGACAACUAUGAUGACAUCAGAACAGAACUGCCUCCGGAGAAGCUCAAACUGGAGUGGGUAUACGGUUAUCGAGGAAAGGAUUGUCGAGCUAAUGUUUACCUUCUUCCUACUGGGGAAAUUGUUUAUUUCAUAGCAUCAGUAGUAGUACUAUUUAAUUAUGAAGAGAGAACUCAACGGCACUACCUGGGUCAUACAGACUGUGUGAAAUGCCUUGCUAUACAUCCUGACAAAAUUAGGAUUGCAACUGGACAGAUCGCUGGAGUGGAUAAGGAUGGAAGGCCCCUGCAACCACAUGUCAGAGUGUGGGAUUCAGUUAGUCUUUCUACACUGCAAAUUAUUGGACUUGGAACUUUUGAACGUGGAGUAGGAUGCCUGGAUUUUUCAAAAGCAGAUUCAGGUGUUCAUUUAUGUGUUAUCGAUGACUCCAAUGAGCACAUGCUUACUGUCUGGGAUUGGCAGAAAAAAUCAAAAGGAGCAGAAAUAAAGACAACAAAUGAAGUUGUUUUGGCUGUGGGAUUCCAUCCAACAGAUGCAAAUAUCAUAAUAACAUGUGGUAAAUCACAUAUUUUUUUCUGGACCUGGAAUGGCAAUUCACUAACGAAAAAACAGGGAGUUUUUGGGAAGUAUGAAAAACCAAAAUUUGUGCAGUGUUUAGCUUUCUUGGGAAAUGGAGAUGUUCUUGCUGGAGACUCAGGUGGAGUGAUACUCAUAUGGAGCAAAACUACUGUAGAGCCCACACCUGGGAAAGGGCCUAAAGGUGUUUAUCAGAUCAGCAAACAAAUCAAAGCUCAUGAUGGCAGUGUGUUCACACUUUGUCAGAUGAGAAAUGGGAUGUUAUUAACUGGAGGCGGGAAAGACAGAAAAAUAAUUCUGUGGGAUCAUGAUCUGAAUCCUGAAAGAGAAAUAGAGGUUCCUGAUCAGUAUGGAACAAUCAGAGCUGUAGCAGAAGGAAAGGCAGAUCAAUUUUUGGUCGGCACAUCACGAAACUUUAUUUUACGAGGAACAUUUAAUGAUGGCUUCCAAAUAGAAGUACAGGGUCAUACAGAUGAGCUUUGGGGUCUUGCCACACAUCCCUUCAAAGACUUGCUCUUGACUUGUGCUCAGGACAGACAGGUGUGCAUGUGGAACUCGGUGGAACACAGGCUGGAAUGGACCAGGCUUGUAGAUGAACCGGGACACUGUGCAGACUUUCAUCCCGGUGGCACAGUGGUGGCCGUAGGAACGCACUCAGGCAGGUGGUUUGUUCUGGAUGCAGAAAGCAGAGAUCUAGUCUCUAUCCACACAGACGGGAAUGAGCAGCUCUCAGUGAUGCGCUACUCAGUAGAUGGCACCCUCCUGGCUGUAGGAUCUCAUGACAACUUCAUUUACCUCUAUGCAGUCUCAGAAAAUGGGAGAAAGUAUAGCAGACAUGGAAAGUGCACUGGACAUUCCAGCUAUAUCACACACCUUGACUGGUCCCCAGACAACAAGUAUAUAAUGUCUAACUCUGGAGACUAUGAGAUCCUGUACUGGGACAUUGAACAUGGCUGCAAACUAAUAAGAAAUCGAUCAGAAUGUAAGGACAUCAAUUGGACGACAUACACCUGUGUGCUAGGCUUUCAAGUCUUUGGUGUCUGGCCAGAAGGAUCUGACGGGACAGAUAUCAAUGCACUGGUACGAUCCCACAACAGAAAGGUGAUAGCUGUUGCUGAUGACUUUUGCAAAGUCCAUCUGUUUCAGUAUCCCUGCUCCAAAGCAAAGGCUCCCAGUCACAAGUACAGUGCCCACAGCAGCCACGUCACCAACGUCAGUUUUACUCACAAUGACAGUCACCUGAUUUCAACUGGUGGGAAAGACAUGAGCAUCAUUCAGUGGAAACUUGUGGAAAAGUUACCUUUGCCUCAAAAUGAGACUCUAGCAGAGCCUACACUCACCAGAGCCCCUCCCUCUUCCAUCGAGAGUGUGGUGCAGUCUGAUACUCCCACCCCGCCUCCUUCCCAGCCCUUAAAUGAGACAGCUGAAGAAGAAAGUCGGAUAAGCAGUUCUCCCACACUUCUGGAGAACAGCCUGGAACAGACCGUGGAGCCCAGCGAAGACCACAGUGAGGAGCAGAGUGAGGGGGGCAGCGAAGACCUCGGUGAGCCUGUUUAUGAAGAGCUAGCCAGUGAGCUAAGCGAGGAGCAGAGCAAAGCCGCUCUUCCUGGGGACGAGCAAGACCCCUCAUCCCUGUCCUAA